GAAUAUUGACAACGUCAGAUAGCUCAGAUAGACAGAACCGCUUGUAGACGCUGCGUCUACGAAAAUAUAUUUUUAUUUUGAUUGUGAUUCAUUUAACGAGCGCGUUACGUCGGCCGCCGCGUGCUUCGGGAGCAAUUAAAAACUUUAUUUACAAUCAAAGUGACGUGUGCGAGUUUUCGACAUUUUUGUGUGGUAACCUCUUAGGUUUUUUUUCGCCGUGUUUUGAGAACUGCAAGACAGAUCGAUAUGUGCAAGACGUACUACAGAUGACUCUGAACGGUUUCACAGCCUCGUGUUGUUUUCUGAUGCGGUCGCUGUGGUGAUACAGGGCGGGAUGCAGGGCGGCGGCGCGCCUGCCCCCGACGCCGAUCAGGCCCAGUUCGAGGCAGACAAGAGGGCAGUAUACAAACAUCCUCUGUUCCCCCUACUGGCGUUGCUCCUGGAGCGAUGCGAGCAGGCCACGGCGGGAGCAGAGCCUCCCGCGGCGGACGCCUUCGGGGCGGACCUGCAGGCGUUCGUGCAGCACCAGCGGAGGGACAGAAGGCCGUUCCUAGUCGACGAUCCUGAGAUAGAUGGACUGAUGAUUAAGAGCAUACAGGUCCUCAGGAUCCAUCUGCUAGAACUGGAGAAGGUGCAGGAGCUGUGUCGAGACUUCUGCGGUCGGUACAUAGCGUGCCUCAAGACUAAAAUGCAGAGCGAAAACCUUCUCAGGACAGAUUACACUGCAGGGGGAGUUGAGAGCAAUAACAAUGUCUCCGGCUCUAUGGACGACCAUUCCAGCACAUCUAACUCGCCACAGUACCAGAGCCCCGCGGCGCCGCUGCCGCCGCCGGCCGCGUACCCGCCGGUGUUCGCGCCGCACGCGCCGCACGCCGACGCGCCCUACGUGCCGCACGCGCCGCACCGCGACCAGCCUUCACUAGUCGUCCAAGGCUCCACGCCAAUUGGUCAGAUUGGCGUUGGGUUGCUGCCCACUGAUGCCUAUACCGGCACGAACUCGAACAACUCGUGUUCGUCGGUGUCGGGGUCGCCGCCGCCCGAGGAGGAGUGCGCGGAGGACGGCAGCGGCAAGCGCGGCGUGCUGCCGCGACACGCCACGCAGGUCAUGCGCGCCUGGCUCUUCCAGCACCUCGUGCAUCCGUACCCUACCGAGGAAGAGAAGCGCACACUAGCGGCGCAGACCCGGCUCACGCUGCUGCAGGUGAACAACUGGUUCAUCAACGCGCGCCGGCGCAUCCUGCAGCCGAUGCUGGACUGCGCUGACAAACCUGGUGGCAAGAAGAGUAAAAAUGGUUCGUCCAUAAAUAAAAGGUACUGGCCCGAUGCUCUCUCCAAUCCACAGUUCACCGCGGGUCUCCUCUCAUCAUCAGAAGACGAGGAUCAAGACGGUGAUCAUUCCGGUGAUGAACAAGACCCGCAGAACGACGACCAGUCGUCGGAACAUUCAAACUAUUCAAUACAACAGAGCAUGCAUUGAAUAUAGUCGCAAACUGUACGACCAUGGUCGUAAUACGUGGUUGCAAACCGGGUGAGUAAGGAAUGGGCGGACGGUGCAUCUAAUAACAAAUGGAAUGGAGUAUUGCAAUGAAAUUAUUAUUCUAUGAUACUUAAAGUUUAUUGUAAUUUGAAAUUAAAAAAAAAUAACAGUAAUAGAUGUGGAGUGCAAUUGCUUGCUGAGAUGUAGUUGAAAAUUGUCCCAUCCCAGACCAUGCGGCUCCAGAUCUAUUACGAGUAAUAAUUGAUAUAAUCGCUUGGCGGCGAAAGGAAACAUUGUAAGGAAACUGGCUUAUAGGUUCUCCAAAAGCAUUUUAACAGAAGACCUAAGUUUAUCAGUAAGGUUCCGCACCUAGUAAGAUAGUAUAUAAAUAUGGGCUGAUAUUAUAAGUAUGAAAAAAAGGAGGUAUUACUUUCUAUAAAUAAUUGUUCUUAAGUUUAUUAAAAAAUAAAUUGCACCCUUUCAAAGUUAGGCUGUCCGUGCGCCCGUUCCUUAGUAACAUGAUAUAAAUAUAUGAAAAAAUCGACGUCCAUCUGUCUGUAUACAUGCUAAUCAAAAUUAUAACGUAAGUGAUUGUAAUCAAAUUUAUACAAGUGCUGUGCGAAAAUUACAGGACCGGAUUAAGACGAAGGAAAUGGGGGGUGUUGGGUCCCAUAUUUAUUUACUAUUACUUUAAAUGACAGGCCUAAUUAGAGUCAAUUUUAGAUCAAUGAAAAAAAAAUGUGCAUAUUUUUCUUUCUUUAAAUAACUUAUUUUUUAUAAGUUACAUUUCUGAGUGCAUCAUGAUAUCUAAAAACAAGUACUUGUAUAAAUUCGAUGUUCAUCAAGAAAUAAGUAUACGUUAAUUUUUUAAAUUCGAUAAAUAGACAUGACUGUCAUGUCAAUGAUUCAUGAUAAAAAGACAUUAAAUCAACAGUAUACCAUAGUGUUAGCGAUUAGAUUUUAAUAAGUUUGUACGCGGCAACAUUGCGUUUUCGGAUUGUCUAUAUCUGUGGUUCGCCAGAAAGAAAGAAAGGCAGUUUGUAUUUUUGUCUGAAGGAGAAAAAAGUUUUAAAAUAUGUGAUUUUAUGUAUAGGUAAUAUUUUUUUUGCCUUAUAUCUUUUUUAAUAUGUUUUUAUUAAUAUUUUUCUAUUUUAUUUCAAAUCUAUUUUAUAAAUUAUUUUACAUAUUUAUUGUGAACUAUCAGUAUUUUGUACGAUCUAGCCCAGUAUUGUGUAUGUAGCUAUGCUGUGACGAAUGAAAGAUGUCUUAUUUGAAAGCUGUCAAAACGAACGCGCAAAGUUGCCUCGUCGGACGUAAACCAUGUAUACGUAAUCCAUACCUCAGCGUUUAAAAAAAGUAUAUAUUAUGAGUAAUGAAAGUAAAAUAUUUCGAAAAAGUCAAAAUGUACGUGUGUUGGCGAUUUCGCGCUCGUGUGUGCGCCGUGCGUUUUUAAAAACGCCCGUCCGUAUGCACUCGCGUGUUCUUCUUUCUCUUUUGGGUGGCAUGCUUGUUUGUAAGAUUGUUUCCUGGUUUUACUACUGUAUAAUAUCAUCUAUCGACGAGUAGCUUCUCUUACUAGUUACUAUUGUUGUGCCGGUAGUUUAGACAGGCUCUUAGCUAUAUUUAUUUUAUUUUGCAAAGUUCGCAAAAAUAUAUCGAACUGUCUCACAUGGUCUAUAUCUGGCAAAUAACGCGUUCAUAUUACCGUCACAACAAUUGGAACUGGCGAGUGUUGUUCAAAAGCUUAACUUUUGAUUUAGUUCUAACUUAUAUUUACAGCAACUACUAUGAGUAUGCCACUCAAAGAUGUUUAUUAGCGUAAAAAUAACAUAAACAACACAUUCUUUUUUAUAUUUCUCUCUCAAUACAAGCAUACGUCAAUUUGAACACCGGUUGUGAUUAAAAAAAAUGUUAGUUUAAUUUUUUAAUUUCAAUCUGCAACUCCCGACUGACCCUGAACAAAAAUAGCACUGUAAGAUAAUUUUUUGUACCACUGACAAGAAAUACUACAGACAAUACCGUCCAUAGACAAGGAUAUUUAUUUUUUAAAAAUGUAAAAAGGAUAAGUUCUUAAAUAUACUCAUUGUUGUAAUUUCUUUUUUAUUGGUAUAUGUUUUUGUGUAUUUUUUUCUAUUGGAAAAUUCGUCAGCCAUAUUAGUGUAAGUUAUUCAAGGUUUGUUGGUUUGUGCGAAAGAAAACACUUUUUUUUGUUUAUAAAAGUAUUACCUUUAAUAAUAUGUCGUUUUCUGGUAAAAGUAGUAAAACUAUUACAAAACCUUUUUUUCAAAACUGUCUAGGAAUGUUCAUGAAUAAAUAUUCGCACAAACCAAUAGACCGACUCCUACAUCACAUUGCGCGAAAAAGUAUCCAUUGUAUCAUAUCCUAACGCGUGCUGCGAUGUUUGGGAGUUCAUUGUCAACUGGGGCCGAAUCUAGUGAAGCUGCGGGGGUCACCGCACACUAGUAUACGUACAUAUAUCGUCGCUCCGUCGAUUUCGUGCGUGCGGGUCUUACCUCUAGUGACCCCCCACUAGAUGCGUCCCUGCAACGUGAUUAUACGAAAUAAAAUAUACGAUACGGAUAACUUAGUAUACUCAAUAUAUUGAAAUAAUUGAUAAAUUUAAAUAAUAAUAAUGAAAAGUAAUAAUUGUCAUUCGAUUCAAAAAAAUUGUAUACGCCGACUUUGAAGAAAAUUAAACUUAUCGAUACGAGAUGAAAUAAUUUUUAAAAUGUUAAGUAUUGUGUAUUAUUAUUAUGUAAUUCUUUUGUAAAAUUCGUGCCGAGGGCUUGGGCGAUUAGCGGGGGUUUUUGGUAAGAUUAAGAAGGCAUUUACUCUCAGCGACCAAUUACAUAUGCCGUUUGUGAAAACAGGAUGUUUAUAAUGUGAAAAAAAAACUUGCGACUUUUUUUUUACUGUUUUCAGUUGUACAAUUCAGUAUUUGACGUUAGUUGUCAAACUAACAGUAACUAUUGGGCUGUGAGGCUUGUUUCAAAGCCGUGAUUAUUUGUUGCCUUUCUCUUGUCUCUCUAUUUUUGUUAUAUCUACUGUCAGUUUGACAAUAAUGUAAUGUCAAAACCGUAUUUUGGAUAAAACGACAAAAAUGCUGUCAAGUUUUUUUAAUCUUACCAAAAGAAGGAAGAAGGCAGGGGCUGUAUGUAUUUAAAGUUUUUCUUUGAAUGAAAUAAUGUGCUUGAUGAAAACAACUGCGCAAAGUCGCUUGACAAGUAACUGGUAUAACGUCAGCAAGUUGACGAUGGUGAUAGAGUUUAUAUAAAAUGUAUGCAAUGUUUUUCUUAUCAGCGCAAGGUUUCGCCAUCGUCUAAUGGACUAUAUGUCUAAAGCUUUAUGGUUGAAAAUUGAUUGAAAGUGUUGCCAUUAUUAAGUUCCAUAUGUUUUUUUUCUAUCAUAUAGUUACUACAUCUUACCAGUAUUACAAAAUUGGACAACCCAUGCCGACAAAACAUAGUAGAUUGUUACUGUUAUAUAUAUUACAAGAAAUCAGAAAUACAUACAGCUCAUGCUUAUAUGUGGAGAUAUAAAAUCAAAAAUGGAUGAAUAAAAAUGAUUUACCUAAUCUCCCAUGCUAGACUACUGAAAAAAAACUGUUUUACACAGUUGGUGACAGCUGUUCCGAAGCAACAAUUGCCCGUAUGAAGACCAUUUCACUGAAGUGGUCAAUGAAAUUUUAGUUACAAUAAUGUAAUGGAAAAUGGUCAAUUUUAUCCAUUUUUGAUUUUAUAUGAAGUGUGUGGUGUGAUUGUGGUAUUAUUAUUUUAGUGUAAUAGAUUCUUCGCUUAUAGACACCUUUUCCUUACCAAAUCCAUUGGUACACUUUUUUGACCUUGAGCCAUUUUUAUUUAGGGCCAGUGCAAUAUUGACUCAUACUUGUAGCAUAAAUCUUGGCUUCUUUUUUGAACAUGUACUUGUCUCUUAAAGGCAUAAGAAAAGAGGAAAAUACCCGAUUAGUAGUUAUUUUAUCGAUUAACAGAUCUCGAAUUCGAGUAAAAAUUUCCAAGCCAUCUUAACCUAACUGUAAUGGUUAGUAUUUUGUAGAAUAUUAAAUUCCCGUACUCCUAAAUAUUUAAUACCACGAUCCCCACACAAGUGAAAAAAAAAGUUAGUGAUCUAAUGAAACGGAUAUACGUAAUGUGGGAUAAAUACUUUUUACAAAAAAUAAAAAUAUGUAAUUAUACUUAACGUAGGAUGUAUUUUUAAAAUGUUUUAAACAAUGCCAAUACUAGCUGUAGAUAUUGUUUUUAUUCGCUAUUAUCAACUUUUUUUAUUGUACUCCAGCGCUAGUGUGGGUGUUUGCAAAAUUACAGAAAAACAUUUUUAAUAAAAAUAAAGCAUAAAUGAAUAUACAGGUAGCAUAUAUGUACGUAUUCUAGUCUCAUCCCAGUUUUAUUGUUAUUGUUGUUAGUUAAAAAAGCAGAAUUAUCAAAUUGUUAUCCUAAGAUACGAUUUACCUACAAAGGAAUUAAUUUCAGCAGUUAUUUAAAAUUAAUCCAGGAUAAUUUAAUAACAGUAUUAAAUGAAUUAAAUUUCGUGUUACUCGAUGAUAUUUAACAUUACAUACUUCAUUUAAUAUUUGACUUAUUUCUUGACAAUAUUUCGACACUACGUAAGUGCAUAGUAAUGAUUUUGCUACAAUAUUUUUAUGGAUUUAAUUCAAAAUUUUAUUGAAUACGACAAAUUCUAUUUAUGUACUAAAUUAUAACUAUACAUAUCCCACAAGAAUUACCCCCACAAAUAACAAUCUUAAUUACGGCCCUGGCAAAUUCCAAUAGAAUUUUGUUAUAAAUUUAAAUAAAAAUUGCAAAGGCAAAGGAAUCAUUUUCCGUACAGCCAUGACAACGGAAUGUUAAAAGCUUGAUCUUAUGUAAUUUUGCAAACGCUCCGUUUAAGCGUUAGUAUACAAAUAUAUUGAUAAUGAAAUGUCCACUCGAGUAGUAUAGCUGUCGCUUGCAUAGUGUAAGGAACUCGGUAACACGUACAUACAGCAUCGUUUUUGCUAGUCAAAUAUAAUAAUUUUUAGGCU